GAGUUGGGAGGAGAGAAAGCGUUUUUUUUCUCUGAAACGGUCCAAACUUUCUCGAGAUUUUCUCCUCAGUUGUUUUUCUCUUCAGCGUACACACUCAUCUCUCUCUCUCUUUUUCUUUUUCUCCCUGUCUGUCUCUCUGUCUCAGGACAGGUUUAUUUUAUUCCCUCAGUAAAAUGAUCCAGUUUGUGUAUCUGGCUGUGCUGUGUGUGGGAGUGAUGGAGACGCGCCGGGUGAAGAACACGUGGAGCCCCUCAGUGACCCCGUCACAUGACCUCCUCGCUCUGUCCCCCAAUGGACUGCUCAGUUCUAGCUCUGCGCUGACACACAGUACCCGUGUAACAGGCGAGUCAGAGGUCACUUCCCCAGACGGUCAGAGCAGGAGAUUGGCCCGUGGCUCUAAAGCCGGGAGAUCAAAGCAGAGGGCGGAGCAUUAUGAGCACCGACACCCGCGGCCCUUCGACCCGGACAGUUAUUUCACCACGCCGAGAGUUUUUAAUGGCUCUCUGCUGGUGCACAACCCACUGUACCCGGUGACAGGCGAGUCAUACGGAGCGUAUGCUGUGAUGCUGUUAGCGCUGGUGGUGUUCGCGGUGGGCGUGGUCAGUAACCUGGCUGUCACAUGCGCUGUGUGGCACAACCACUACCUGCAGAACGCUCGCAACUGCGUCCUGGCGAGUCUGGCACUCUGGGACCUCGCCGUCAUCUUCUUCUGCCUGCCAGUCGUCAUCUUCCACGAGCUCACCAAGAGACGACUGAUGGGAGACGUGUCCUGCCGCCUCGUACCCUUUAUAGAGGUGACGUCUCUGGGCGUGAGCACCUUCAGUCUCUGUGCUCUGAGUGUCGAUCGCUUCCAGACGUUAACAAGCUCCUCCUCCUCCUCUUCUUCCUCUAAGACCCCCGAGUCGUUCGGCUCCAUCGUGUCAAAGCUGUCAGUGAUCUGGGUGGGGUCGCUGCUCCUCGCCGUCCCAGAGCUCAUGAUUUGGCGUUUGGAGACGGAGCUGUCUCGUGUCUCACGUCUCCCUGUAGACUCGUGCAUCCGUCUGCCUCCUUCAUCACCUCAGCUCUCCGAGUCUGUCUAUUCCCUCAUCAUGACAUACCAUGAGUCGCGCAUGUGGUGGAUCUUCGGCUGCUUUUUCUGCCUGCCUUUGCUCUUCUCGUUCUCGUGUCAUCUUCUGACGAGCCAGAUCUCCGAUAGCACGGUCCACACGUCCUCUUCCUGUCCUGCGUCCUCAUCUUCCUCCUCGUCCAAGAAGCUCGUCACGAUGCUAGCGAUCGUUUAUGGUGUGUUCUGCCUCCCCGAACACACCUGGAAUAUUGUGCUCACCUACGCCGGAGUGCAAGUAGACAGCGCCACACUGGCACUGCUGGCUUUGAUUGGUCAGUUCCUGAUGUUCGCCAGGGCCUCGGCCACGCCCAUUUUGAUCCUCAGCUUGUGUCGAUCGUUGGGGCAGAGCUUCGUGGACUGCUGCUGUUGCUGCUGUGAAGAAUGUCUGCCCAACAAACCUACGCCAUCUCUGGCGUCAUCAUCUGUGUCAUCGUCACCAGCUUUGAAGAAAGAAAAGAAGACUCAGGUCGACUUUGAGAAGAACAUGAAAGAGAAGUCAGCUGAGAUAGCUAUAGGAACUCCAUGCUGAGAGAUCUCCGAUCAGUCCUGAUCACUGUGCUGUUACACACACAGCAGAUCGGCCGUGUACAACUCACCGAUUUCAUUCAGAACUUCCACACUCAUAUAACCUGUUCUCCUGAAUAUAACAGAGCCGGACACUGACUCCGCCCACUUUAUCAGUGGAAUAGUGAACUGCACAGUGUUUAUAGUCCAGCGUAAUGACGUGUCCGUUAUGUUCCCUUGUUCUGGACAUUUCGGACAGGUUUAAACAGCGACACACUGCUGAAUGGAGCCACAGCUUCAAUUAUUCAAUCUAACAACGAUAACCUUCAUAUUAUAUUAUAUUAUAUUAUAUUAUAUAAAUCUUAUCAUGUGUUAUUACGUUUAUUCGUUCUGUAAGCUGUAUGCGAUUAAAUACGAUCUUACUCUGUGAUUUUAGAGUCCUGAGGAAUAAGAACAUGCUGGAUGUUUUGGUUAGCGAGUUCGCUUUGGGUUCAGCGCCUACAACAGCAUUUGUUUUUGUACAUUGGACAGAGUCGCUGGAAAUUAGACAAGUGCUAAUAAAUAAAAUCCACAAUACACACCGAUACUUCAACACCACCACCAGCCAUCUGAGAGGAGGUUCUCGAAUUGGGCAACUUUUUUAGACAGGUAGUUUAGAAAUGUAGAACUCUUAAGGGUUCUUUGGUUGUCCCUCUUGGGGAACCCUUAAAGGUUUUUACAUGAAGAAAUGGUUCCUUUUUUGGAAGCUAAGAACCUUUUAUUAUCCAGUAAAACCCCUGAAGAACCACUCUAUUCUAAGAGUCCGUGUGUUAGGAACUAAAUCCAAAUUAUUCAUCAUUAUUUUCUUCUUAAAACUAGAACCUGUCAAGUAACUUUAAAAAACAGCUGUUUAAAGGGUUCCCUAAUGGGUUCCUUGGAUAAUUAAGAGUUCUUUGCCUUCUAAAGGUGUUGUAUCGCGUGUCAGAACCCUUUCUGCCAGAAAAAACACUGAAGAUCACAUAAGGGCUGUAAAUGUUGUAGAGUGUAUAAUGUCAGAACUUUGAGUAUAAAAUAUAGCCGAAUUGUGAACACUGUGAGAACACACUGAUCAACACUGAGGUGGUUACAGGUGUGUGUCAUUAACAGCUGAGUUAAUUGAAGGGUUCUGAUUGGCUGCUGCUGAUGACAUGUAACUUUAACAACUUCAGGCGGCAGUGGAUUUUGGCCUGAAACUCAGACCUGUGUUCUGUCAGCUGAGUUAGAGCUGGGUUUCAUUUCUUCAGCUCAUUUUCUGUGUUGAACAGAGAGAGCCUUCUUUAGUUUGUGAUUCUAUCCUCAGCUGUUCUCUACAUGUGUGUUUAGGGUUUGAACAUUUCUCUGGGAUUUUGUUUUCAAGUUUCCGUCUCAGCUGAAACUAGUUUCAGUGUUUGUGAUGGUUUCUGUGUGGCUCUGCUGCAUAACUUUUCUAACAUUCUAUACUGAUAUAAACAGAACAUAUUACAUCAUUAAUCUGCACUGGAGUUUACUCUUAACUUAAUCCAACACCAAACCCCUGAGAAAUGACCUCUAAAGCCUCACAUCAGUGAAUCGGUGUUUAUAAUCCCAGUGUUUAUAACCGCAGUGUUUAUAACCACAGUGUUUAUAAUCCCAGUGUUUAUAACCGCAGUGUUUAUAACCGCAGUAUUCAUAAUCCCAGUGUUCAUAAUCCCAGUGUUUAUAAUCCCAGUGUUCAUAAUCCCAGUGUUUAUAAUCCCAGUGUUUAUAACCCGCGGUUCUGAUGAACAUGUGCAGAUAAACACGUCAAGGGAAUUAGAAAUAAAAUCAAAUGAUUAAAAUACACAUUACGUUUAUUAUUCUGAGAUUCAGAGGUUGUUUUUAUUUUCCUUCCUCAGUGUUGGGAGAUUUAUGGAAUCCUCCAAAUAAAAGUCAGUAAUAAACUGUUUAAUGAGGCAAAAGUACAAUAAUGGAUCAUUUCAUUGAGUUUCAGACUUUAGGAAAUUAAUAUGAGUUGUUUUUUAUUUUGUAUCUCUGUGAUAGGUCUGUGAUGUUGGGUUAGGGUUAGGGUUGUGUGUCGUGUGACCCCAGAGUAAGAGUUUAUUGUAGAUUACAAAAAUGUUUAACAUAGUCGAAGAACAGAACAGUAAUAACACUCUGUACCGUCAUCAUCCACCCUUCAGAACACUUAUAUAUCAACCAUUUAACCUGGAAUGUGUGUGUGUGUGUGUGUGUGUGUGUGUGUGUUAAAUCUGAACUGUAGUUCAAUAAUGAAACUUGAAGGUUUGUAUUAUAAAUUUUCAUUUUUUUCGCAGUUGAACUCAAUAAAAGUUGAAAGAUG